AUGCCUACACUACAACAUUAUCUUGAGAGAAUAGAACAGCUGAGUGGUACUAUUGGUAGCUUGGAGUUCGACUCUCCAGGGAUUUUUACCAAUGCCAUGACUAAAAUAUCAGGAAUUACUGAGAUCUUGCAAGAUAGGGAUGCUAAGGCUAGAUCCUUAUAUAAGAUAAGUAAACCUAUUGGUAAUAAGACUUCAUAUGGUAGAGUAUCAGAGAUGAUUCUAGAAAGAGUGGAUGGAAAAUCUACCUUCGUGAUAGAUGAUCAAAAUGAUUAUUUAGAUCCUGAAACUAAUAAUUAUGGUAAAAGAGUUGCCGCCAAAGUACCUCAAUUAAUAGACUUAAGUCAACAACAAACAAAAUCGGAAUCAGAUUUCAGUAGCUCACCCACCAGAACAAGUAUAAAUCAUAAAUCAGGUGAAAUCCAAAAUCUUUAUGAUGAAUUAACUACCCUCAUGAAUCAAUUACCUAAUGAACAAGGAUCACAUCAAUUAGAUGAAGCAAGAGAAUUAAAACCUAAAUAUGAAUCCUUAAUUGAUGAAAUAACCGAAUUUGAAAAGGAGAUUGGGGACGAUUCGCAUGAUCAAGAUAUUAUUGAUGAAUUUAGUAACUUGGAUGCUGAUAUAAUGAGAGAAGAAGAAGAAAUUAAACAAAUAGAAGCUGAACUUAAGUCUUUUGCUUCGUAA